AUGGAUCGUAGCAGAAGACGAGACCGUUGCGAAAACGUUGCUGAAGCCAUUGCACGGUCCGUUAGCAGAAAGCGAUCACCAGCAGCUGCAGGCGCCAUUCCGGCUGUAGGCCGUGGCCAGCAGAAUCAUCCACAAGCAGCUGUAGCAGCCCCUGCCAUUCCUCCAGCUGGACGUGGCAUCCCACUUCAAAUACCUGCAGCAGCAGCCGCAAUUCCUCCAGCUGGACGUGGCAUCCUACUUCAACCACCUGUAGCAGCAGCCGCAAUUCCUCCAGCUGGACGUGGCAUCCUACUUCAACCACCUGCAGCAGCAGCCGCAAUUCCUCCAGCUGGACGUGGCAUCCCACUUCAACCACCUGCAGCAGCAGCCGCAAUUCCUCCAGCUGGACGUGGCAUCCUACUUCAACCACCUGCAGCAGCAGCCGCAAUUCCUCCAGCUGGACGUGGCAUCCCACUUCAACCACCUGCAGCAGCAGCCGCAAUUCCUCCAGCUGGACGUGGCAUCCUACUUCAACCACCUGUAGCAGCAGCCGCAAUUCCUCCAGCUGGACGUGGCAUCCAACUUCAACCACCUGCAGCAGCAGCCGCAAUUCCUCCAGCUGGACGUGGCAUCCCACUUCAACCACCUGCAGCAGCAGCCGCAAUUCCUCCAGCUGGACGUGGCAUCCUACUUCAACCACCUGUAGCAGCAGCCGCUCCUCUAGCCGGGCCGGUGCGCCAUUCAAUGAUCAAAGGCGUGACAUAA